UAUUUUUAUAUUUGCACCAAAGAUUUUCCUAAAAAAUAUAUAGACAUGAUCAACUUGCCAACCCUACCUAACAAAAUUAGAGAGAGGAGAGAGAAGAGAAGAGAGAGAAGAGAGGAGCAAGCAAGAUUAGGCUAGGACCCAACAACAACAAUGGAUUUGCUUAGCAUGGCCGUAGCAUAAUCAAUCAAGCACCCAAUCCUACCUCCUCCGAUCCCUCUCAUCACCAUCCUCCUCCUCUGACCUCUCUCUCUCUCUCUCACUCUCUCUCUCCUCCCAGCCCCACACCUCUGAUCUCCACUCCCCACCCCACACCGCGUGCCGCGCACGUGCACGCUCUCCGCCGCCGCCGCGCCGCCUCCUCCUCCUCUGCUCCGGGGAACCAGCGCCGCUGCCGUUGUUGUUGCAUGAAACGCGCGCGGGAGCGAGAGAGCGAACGUAGCUAGCUAGCUUCUUUUUUUCAAGAAAGCAUGGACGCGCCGUCGAGCAGCACGAGCACGAGCACCAACAGCAGCAGGAGCGCCUCCGAGCAGCACCACCACCACGCGGCGGGGCACCAGCACCAGCCGUUCUACUACGCCGCGCCGGGGGGCACCACCGCCAACGCAGCCGGGAUGGGGCCAUUCAUGGGGUCGCUGGCCAUCGUGCCCGCGGCCGCCGCCCGCGCGGGGGAGGCGCAGAUGGCGCCGGCGCCUGGCUCGUCCGGCGCGGAUAAGAAGCAGGCGGUCGUGCCGGCGGCUGCGGCGAAGCGGCCGACCAAGGACCGGCACACCAAGGUGGAGGGGCGCGGGAGGCGGAUACGGAUGCCGGCGCUGUGCGCGGCGCGGGUGUUCCAGCUCACGCGGGAGCUGGGACACAAGACCGACGGCGAGACCAUCGAGUGGCUGCUGCAGCAGGCCGAGCCUGCCAUCGUCGCCGCCACCGGUACAGGCACCAUCCCGGCAAACUUCUCCUCCCUCGCCGUCUCCCUCCGCUCAGGCUCCUCGCACCCCUCCGCCUCCCGUGCCGCGGUCUUCCACCACCUCCAGUCGCAGCAAGAAGUCGCCGCCAUGCUCGGCUGGAACCACCACCAGCAGCAGCAGCUCCCGUCGCCGCCGCCGCCGCAGCAGGCGCCGCAAGAUCCCGGAGCCGGGGAGUUCAUGAGGAAGCGGUACAGGGAGGCCGACGACGACCUGUUCAAGGACACCGCGGCGCGCCAGCAUCACGACGGCGGCGGCCAGGCCGAGCCCGAGGAGCACAAGGCCCGCGCAGCGCCGGCGGCAAUGUGGGCCGUGGCGCCGAACAGCUCCGCUGGCGGCGCCGCCUUCUGGAUGCAGCCCUCGUGGGCGUUCGGCGGUGGGGGCACGGUGCAGGCGCCGCUGCAGUUCAUGUCAACAACAAGAAGCAACAACUUCCCCGGCGGGAUGGACGCCAACAUCGGCAUGCUCGCCGCGCUCAACGCCAGCGGCAGCGUGCAGCAGCACCAUCAGCAGCAGGAUGAGCCGCACCCGCCGGAGAUGGGCCAGCGCCACCGCGGUGGUGCCGGCGCCAACGGCAGCGACGCCGGCCGUAGCGCGCAGUGAGCAAGAACCGAGCCAGCAUCUGAGCAACAAGCUCAAGAGCCAUGGAAUCGCAUGAUGAGAUGCCGAAUGAGCUGUGUUUGCUGGUGGUGCAAGCAUUUGGUGAUUAGGGCAGGCUUAGUGGCUUAAUUAGGUGAUUGCUACUGCCCUAGUUUUUAAUGAAUCAAUUGGUUGUUUAGUUUAUUUUUGGAGGGGAAUAUUUUAGUUUGAUGGUUUGAUUAAUCUAUGAUUGUGUGUAAUGGGAGUGAUGAUUAAAUCAGAAAUGAAAAGAUCAGACUGUCAU